AUGUUUGCUCUGUAUCUCACAGCUGACUUGCAAGGGGUCACAAACUUGCGCCCUGACGAUACUCAAGACAACCCUUUUUGGUACAUGUUCAAGGUUCAGUGUACUUCUUGUCGAGAGACUCAUGCCAACCAUGUUGGAGUCAACCGAUUUGAGACCAAUGAGAUGAGUGGAAGUCGAGGAGAGGCCAACUUUGUAUGGAAGUGCAAGAACUGCAAGCGAGAGUCGUCAGCCUCUGUUAAGGCUGGACCUUUCCCUUAUGAGCAAACUGAACCAGCCAAGCCUCAAAAGAUCCUCGAGUUCGACUGCAGAGGCCUCGAGUUCACCGAGUUCAAGGCUGAGGGUGAAUGGCUGGCCGAGGGCGUCGAGACAGGAACCAAGUUUACUGGCAUCGACUUGGAGGAGGGCGAGUGGUUCGAAUACGACGAGAAGUCUAACGAGGAAGCUCGAGGAAUGAGAUUCCCCUACAACAUAGUCAUAAGCAAAACAGCUUCGAAUGUGAAAGAUAUAAGUUGCUGGUUUAUUAUCCCCUGCCUGAUACAUUACCCGCUUUCACCAUCAUGUCUUGUCCGCAAAGGUUCCUUCAAGCGACCUGAGCUUCAAUCUCGAAUCAACUUCAACAAUCAAAAGAUUCUGAAGCCCCAGAUUUCCAAAAUGGCAGUAUCAGAACUUCCAGGAACUAUCGAUUUUCUCACCGAUGCAGCACAUCUCCUACGGGCCACGGCCCCAGAGACUUCUGCUCAUCUCAUGAGCCAACGCGGCCAUCUUCUCCAGCAAUAUGGCGUAAUACUUUCAGACGUUCAGCGACAACACGUAUGCGGAGGCUGUGGAAUCAUCAUGAUCCCAGGUCAAGAAGCAACACUGAAGUUAGAUGCUCGAAAAAGUCUUCAUAGGAAGGCUAAGAGCAAAAAGUCAAGCGGCAACUCGACCCCUCAACCAACAGAAGAUCUUCAGGGACCCUGCAAGAUUUUGCACUGCGACAACUGCCAACGAGACACCAAGAUUGUUAUGCCGCCUCCAGGACCAGCUGUGAGGCGAAAGACAGCACAGUCGAAAGUCAAGAAAGUUUCGACACCUGUUGACCAGCCCAAACAAACUUUGAAUGCUAGCAGCAAGAAAAGAGCUAAAAAUCGAAAGGCUGGUCUACAAGCCUUGCUUUCAGGACAAAAGCAACAAACAACGAAUCCACUCAGUCUUUCUCACUUUAUGAAAUGAGAAAUAUCAGUGGACGCCUUGCCAUCAUGACUUCUAUCCAUCUCAUGGAUAGAGUCAAUCGGAUGAAUCUAGGCCCGCUAUCCUGAGUCAUCGCCGCAGGUGUGUCCCGAACGUUCUAGCGCCUGCCUGCC